AAAUGAAUAAAUACCUGGCCCUUAUUCGUAUUUACGCAAUAUUUACCUCUUAUAAGUAUUUGUACGAAAAAUCGCCCAUCUUAAGUGGUAAUAUAUAUAGUAAUACGCAAGGACGUUGAAAAAGCGGCAAGUUAAAAAAGUGAGUCCUUUUUUUCACUAGAUUUUUUCAACGUCCUUGGGAAAAACUCGGGAAUAGAGCCUGCCAUGGCUUUAUAGAUCUUCUUACAAAAAUACUUCAAGGCAGUGACAUAUUCUCUAUCCGUUCGAUUACAAAUGUUUACAAAUUAACUGUCAGUAAAUACCUAUAAUUCAUUAAUUGAAAUAUGCUUUUGUAAGCUUUUUUUUUAAUUUCUUAAGACUUUCAGCUAAAUUAAAGGUAAAGCUCUAAUAGCUCUUAGGAAUAAUCUUACAUUAAACCUCAAUGGCCUAUCUUUCUAGUGAAGAUUCAGAUUCUACUCUAGUUGUAACAAGUAUGGAUUUCGAACGCAAUCCUCGAGCCAAAAAGGACAUAAGUUUCGAAAAACAUUGGAUCAAUGCGACCAUUGAAAGCGAAGUAUGGCGCGGUAAUAAACUGCGUGAAAAAAAAACACAACCAGAUUCGACAUAUUGUGAACCAAGUGUAGCCAAUAUCGAUUUUUUAGGAUCGAUCGUGAGGCAGUGUCAGAAAAAGCCAAAUAAGUACUCUAAAAACAAGACGAGCCCAAGUUCACCAAAGUCAAAAUCUCCUCACCGCCACCGACCAACUUCGGCUGAUGCCGCUACUAUAUAUUCAGCAGCGCACAAAAAUUGCAUUCCUAGUACACAACGAGGCAGACUCAAAAGUCCCAAACACAAAAAGUGCCCUAUGAGAAUAGCGGAGCUGGCUGUACCAACCAAACGACAAUGUAUUGAUACUUGGAGAAACAAAUCUGAUAUACUACCGGAGUUUAUGGUAGAACGAUUGAAACAACAUGUGUUGGACCAACGACCAAUUGUAAAAAUACCAGAAGCAAUCGUUUGUUUUCAACGGCGAAGCCCAUCAACAUCAAAGACACGCUGUAAGUCGGCUGAAAAGAAACUAGAAAAUUAUGGAGACAUCUCGAAACCCUGUCGUCAUAUGGAUUCAAGAACCUUGUGUAUACUAUUUGCACACAGAAUUACUAAAAGGCUAUCAAAACAACUCAAUUUAACUUUGAAUUCAGAUUUGGAAAGAUUAUCUAAAAUAAUUCAUGGAGAUAUAGCGAAGUUACUAACUAAAAGUACUUUUAGCAAAAACACAAAGUAUAAAGCAAUCCAUAGAGAUGUAUCCAAUAAAAUUACAAUUUGGAUAACAAGUAUUUUAGACGAUUUAUCUCUAAAACUUCUAGAAGAAGAUUUAAGAGUCAGACUAAAAAAUGAGAUAAAUGCGCAUCUUUCCGAGUAUUUUGUCACACUCGUGGAAACAUUUUUAAAAGAAAUAAGGAGAAAAGGUGAAGAUCUUGUUUUUGAUCUAGAAGAAGAAGAAGGCCCCGUACUAGACUUUAUUGACGACCUAUUUGAUAAUGUUAUAGAUAUAUGCGAGCCCCCAGUGCACGUCGAGUCAGAAUCAGGAGAAUCAAACGAAUCAGAAACAGCAAAAGACAACGAAUCGAUAGGACCACCGCUUGAUACCGAUACAGAUAUAUGUACAACAAAGUUAGAAGAAAUAUUCAAUAGUGAUCUACAAUCUGAAAUUAUAUCUGAUGAAGAUUAUUUACGAAAAGAAAUAGAAAAUGUAAUAGACAACAUUAGAUUUGAUCCUGCAGAUUAUUUGAGAAAUGAAAUUUCCAACAUUAUAGGCAAUAUACAUAAUGAAUCCGAAGAUGAUACAAGUAACGGUUCAGGAGAUGUCACUGAUAAAUUAAAUUACAUUGAUGCAAAUACACUACCAGAAGAAACAGAAAGCAAUAUUUAUAAGCCAGCUUUCGAUAUAAGAGGAAGUAAUAAAGUAGUAGAACUACCCGUGAAAAUCGAAUUUAUCGAUGAAAAUAAUGACAGUGAUGUAGCUUUCGAUGAAUUGAACUUUGAUGAAAAUGUCGAUGCCGAUAUCGACGCUGAAAAUGUCGAUGCCGAUAUCGACGUUGCAAAUGACGAUGAACAUGUCGACGGUCGAAAUGUAGAUGAACAAGUCGACGGUCCAAAUGUAGAUGAACAAGUCGAUGGUCUAAAUGUAGAUGAACAAGUCGACAGACCAAAUGUAGAUGAACUUGACGUCGCUCCAACUAACGGUGAUGAAAACUUUGAUGAACGAGUCGAUGAAUCAGGACAAAAUGAUUCAAAUGUGAGUGAACGUAAUGAAAUUUUACUUGAAGAUAGCGAUGAUGAAACGGAAGGCAAAAAAAUUAAAUUUUCUGAUAAAGACUUGGUGAAACCUGAUGACAUCACAGGGCAAUAUAAAGAGAGUGACACAAUGGAUGAAUUUGGCAAAUACAUGCAAUCUCAUUCUAAUAAAUCUCUUAUCGUCUUUUCUGAACCCAAUACUCAUUUACUCAGUGACGCGGAUGAAUCAUGGCCUGCUGCUUUUGAUUCUACAAUAAAAAUGACUGACAGCGUAAACAGAUCAAUUUCAUCCCUCGGAAAUAUUAUGGAAAUUGACGAAAUACAAAAGUCGCCACCAAAAAGCGUCAACACUAAAAACCUAGAAACACCAACUACAAACGCAGAAACUGAAAGUUUUCUAUACAAAUUAAAAAUGAUGAUGAGUAAAGAGGAAGAAGACACAGUAAUACAAUCAUUUGGACCGAUUAAAGAGGUGACAGAGACCACUACAGUUGAUCCUAAUGCUGCACAAAGUAAUUCCAAGAAGUUGGAUAGAAGAAAUGACAAUCCUGUUGCGGUUUUAGAAGAUUACAAAUUUAGACGUAUGAAUGAAUACCUUAAGUACAAAAAGCAAGGGCUCGAUUACACUGAAUCUGAAAUUUUAAGUACUGACAGUUCACUUAGUGGAAGGAUUAACAGAAGAGUUAAUAAAACUAAUAACAGACUACCAUCCUAUCACAAAUCUUCCUCGCUUUCCGAUUGUGGCUGGCGUGUUCAACUACACACAGCGCCCUCAUGGGUGACGUCAUGGGGAUUUGGCCAUGGAGAGCCUAGUGACGAAUCUUUACCUACACAAAUAAUGCCCCUUCGCGUGACAGAAGCCGAUAUGCGCAAAUGGUGCAAGGAUUUGGAAAAAGCCUAUGUAAAUUUAGAAAUGUGGAAUCAUUGGAUACAUGACACAUGCCAAGAAACUAUUAACUUAAUGAAAAAAAGAAAAAUAACAUGUCCAGUCUUAGCUAAAAGACAUGCGAUCGAUUGGAUUAAACUAAAGAGAAAUAUUCACAAAGAUGCAGUUCUUUGGACGAAAUUAUAUAAACGUACUGAAACUAACUUCAAGGAAUUAAAAUUAAAGUAUAAUCAUGUUCAGUUUUCGCCAAAUUAUCUAACACACUCCCAGAUAGUUAGAUCUAUUAUAGACACAAUGGGUGAGAUUGAGAACACAAGUGUGGAGUUACAUAAAAUGAUUGUAUCAGCAGAAUAUAGUGCAGUUUGCACUUGUGACAGAAAGAACAGGGUUAAAAGAAUUCAAUGAAACUUCAAUACAGGAAAGAGAAAUUACUUGCAGCAAAAUUUACAUUAUUGCACUCUCUAUGUAC